UCGGAGGAGCUGGGAGCUGGAGCUGAGUUGGAGGAUCAUGGCGGAGCGCAGGAGGCACAAGAAGCGUAUCCAGGAGGUGAGCGACCCCACCAAGGAGGAGAAGGCGGUGGCGAAGUACCUCCGGUUCAACUGCCCGACCAAGUCCACCAACAUGAUGGGCCACCGAGUGGACUACUUUAUUGCCUCCAAGGCAGUGGACAGUCUGCUGGACUCCAAGUGGGCCAAGGCAAAGAAGGGAGAGGAGGCGGUGUUCACCACCAGGGAGUCUGUGGUGGAUUACUGCAACAGACUCCUAAAGAAGCAGUUCUUCCACCGGGCUCUCAAAGUGGUGAAGAAAAAACCAGAGAAAGACACCAAUAAAGACAAGGAGAAGGAAAAAGAGAAGGAGAAAGAGAAGGACAAGGCCAAAGAGAAGGAGAAGGCCAAGGGCGACAGUGGCAAAGAAGAUGAGAAAAAAGGGAAGAAGGACAAAGAGAAGAAGAAAGAGCCGGAGGCUGUUGAGACCAAGAAAGAGAAAAGUGAUGAGAGCCCUGGAUCCCCCAAGAAGAAGAAAGAGGUGAAGAAGAAGUUUAAACUGGAGCCUCAUGAGGAGCAGCUGUUUCUAGAUGGAAACGAGGUGUUUGUGUGGAUUUACGAUCCUGUUCAUUUCAAGACUUUUGCCAUGGGACUGAUACUCGUCAUUGCAGUGAUAGCAGCCACACUGUUCCCACUGUGGCCAGCAGAAAUGCGUGUAGGAGUUUACUAUCUAAGUGUUGCGGCCGGUUGCUUUGUGGCCAGUAUAUUACUUCUUGCUGUUGCCCGAUGCAUCCUCUUCGUGUUAAUCUGGCUCGUGACCGGCGGGCGCCACCACUUCUGGUUCCUCCCCAACUUGACGGCGGACGUCGGCUUCAUCGACUCGUUCCGGCCGCUCUACACUCACGAGUACAAAGGGCCGCGAGCCAGCAACAAAAAGGGCUCCGACAAGACGGACGAGAAGGACGGCGAGGGCAACAAGGCCCAGAAGUCCGACAGCGACGAAAAGUCCGACAGCGAGAAGAAGGACGGCGAUGAGGAGGAGGAGGAGGAAGAGGAGGAGGGCAAAGAGGCCGAGGAGAGUAAAGAAGUAGAGGGGGAGGCAACGGGGGCGGACCGCCACUCGGACACAGACAGCGACCGCCGGGAGGAGGAAGGCUCGCAGCACAGCAACGGAAACGACUUUGAGAUGAUCACCAGGGAGGAGCUGGAGCAGCACACAGAGGAGGAAGAAGAGGAAGAGGGUGAGGAGGAGGAGGAAGACGAGGAGACGCAAGAGAGGAAAGAAGGGGGUGAGAGCGAGACUAAACCCCAGACUGCUGAAACAUAAACUUCUUACAAUCCCAUCACUCUCCACUGUUUCUCUCUCUGUCCUUUCCUCCCUCCUGUGAUUCCAGGACCUGCUACUCCGGCCUCUCUGAGCAGAGGCACCGUCUCUUCUUCUUGAGAUCUUCCAAUAGAAAGUACCGAUAGACACGACGGGUGAAAGUACACGACAAUGGGGUAAUAAAUAAUCAAAAAAGAAGCCUUAUUGUGUCUCUGAUCCCUCCCACCCAGAUGUUAUUCAUGUUAAAAUGAAAACUGCCACCGACAUGUUUUGCCUGAGGAAGUUGUCCACAAAAACACUUCUUUAUCUUUGUUUCCUUCUUUUCUCGUGUCAAGUUUCUUUUUGUGCAAUUUCAACUCAAAAUAUCUUAUUUAUGUUCCCUUUUCUUUGUUUACGUAUUACAUUUGGAUGUGAGGUCAAAGCCAGAUCUUAAAUACAGAAGGAGGAGAGAAGCUGUCAUGCUAAACUGACCAGUAAGAGGAGACAUGCUGGUUCCUCUAACCCCCCCCCCCCCAUUGUCAUGUCGUUGGUACAAUCAGGUUAACCAGAAAGCCUCUUGUCCUUUCACGUUUUUUUGGUGUUUUGGUGAGACAACAUGGCAGGAGCGUGCUUUACAUCCUGUUGAAUGCCAGCGAGUGUGAUUUCUUUCUCAGGCCUUGAAGCAAACCGACCCGCUUUAGAACCUGAACCAAGCCAGACGGACCAAAUCCUGUAGUUCACUGGAAUGAACCGUGUUGAGGCUGGAUGGAGUAUUAUGACAGCAGAGUAGUACGGCUCCUCGAGGUACAGUAUCAUAUUUGAAUAAGAACUUUUUCUCUUUUUUUUUUUUUUUUAAAUGGCUUAUAAUCAUAGUGCAGUCCUCCACAAAGUGUGAAGUAGUUCAUGUUUAAUAAUGUGGGACUCGUCUGUAAGAGUAAGUGGGACACAGCUGGCAUACUUCCUUUUCUUUUUUACAAAAAGAUUGCAGCGUUUGUUGUACAACUAAAGGUAGAAGACGUUAAGUUCACUGAUUAUCUGUCAGACAGAACCAGAUAUAAAGUAAACUCUAGUGCCAAACCCGACGACUAAUGAUGUUCUGCAUGCUGAUUCAACACGGACAGUUGAGUGUGAAGGGGCGGGGUAUGCUUUUGUUAAUUCGUUCAUAUUGUAACCGCAGUGUCAAACUCCUCAAACCUUUCGCAUCGUUGAAAAAAUAAAGAUUAAAAGAAAGCACAGCACAAGGUUGUUCGUGUGUAGCUAAACAAAGAUUUUUGGUCUCAAUGAAACCGUUUGAAGGUGUUCGCACUAGACUCCCAUCCAGACCAGUUCUGUCUCGUCUCACACAGUCAUCAGUGGAAGUCGUGGCGCUGGUCCACUGACCAGACUACACCUUCACAUUACUUUCUGGCUAGAAAUUCCCUUUUUAGUCAUUGUGAAGAUUAUAUUUAUGUAUAAAAAAUAGAAAUCUAUCAUUUAUAUAGGGAUUCUAUUGCUAAAUCAUAUAUAUAUAUAUAUACACACAAAUAUUACAGUCCAAGAAACGAUAAUACUUUUUUUUUUUUUCCUUUUUUAUUUUGUAUUAGGAAGUUUAAUUUUUAUUACGCAGUUUGUAAUAUGCAUUUUUGUUUUUAUACGAUCAUAAAGAGCAAACUUUAAUUUAACAUCUGGGAUUAGAAAACAGUGGGAACUUAUUAGACGAACACAUUUGUGUAUUUCUUUUUUACAUCACUAACAUUGAACAUCUGGUUGGUUUGUUGCCACAUCUGUAUUUCUCUCACUAACAAACAGUGGCUUGUGUAACACUGCUGGUUAACCUGACGUGGCAAAAACUCCUCACAGUGAAACGAUAUCUUAACAUAUUCCACUCAGCUUUCUGUACAGUACAUUUGUUUUGCCUAAAAAAGGAACUCACUCAGACUGUACUUAGUAGUGUGUUGCGUCUCCUGUAAUCCCACUGAGGGUUGUAGCUCUCUGACUUUCUAACUCGCACCCUUCCAUGUUUAUUUUCUAAUAUCUUCCACAAACGGGCAAAGUGCACCUCUGGGUCCGGAGUUGCUGUACUCAAUAUUGGCAUAACCACAAAAGAGAAAAAAAACAGUGAUUUCCCCAAAUGGUUCUAGGCUGUUGCACAGUAUCGGUCUGUUGUAUAUUGUAGUAUUAUUACUCUGUAUGCUGCUGCUUUUCAUCGCACAUUUCUGGGGGAAAUAAAAAAAAAAGUGAAAUUGUAAAACAUCAAUGUUUAAUCUCUGGUCAAAAACUCUUUUUGAUCUCGUUGUCCACAUUUGGAUCAAUGUCAUUCUGAAAUACUGUCUCAUGCAAUAUUGGAGAAUAAUUUAAUAAAACUGGAUGUCUGGAAAUAUAUCUGUAUCUUAUCAUUGCAAUAAAAAUAUAGAAAGCACACAA